AUGGGCUCCGUAGCCGGCGACACAGCCGCCCGCCUCGCGUACCCGCCGGCCCGCCACGACGAUUCCGUCGUCGACGACUACCACGGCGUUCGGAUCCCGGAUCCCUAUCGCUGGCUGGAGGACCCGGACUCGGAGGAGACGAAGGAGUUCGUGGCGAGGCAGGCGGAGCUGGCGGAGACGGUGCUCGCCGGGUGCCCCGACAGGGAGAACCUGCGCCGCGAGGUCACGCGACUAUUCGACCACCCGCGCCACGCCGCGCCGUUCCGCCGCGGGAACAAGUACUUCCACUUCCACAACUCCGGCCUCCAGGCCCAGAGCGUGCUCUACAUGCAGGAUGAUUUGGACGGAAAGGCAGAGGUUCUUUUGGAUCCAAAUACUCUAAGCAAGGAUGGGACGGUCGCUCUUUCAACAUAUUCUAUUAGCGAGGAUGGAAACUACAUUGCUUAUGGGCUAAGUGAAAGUGGUAGUGAUUGGGUCUCUAUUCAUGUGAUGAGCAUUACUAACAAGCGGCCUAUGCCUGACAAAUUGUCCUGGGUAAAGUUCUCAUCUAUCAGCUGGACUCAUGACGGGAAAGGUUUUUUCUAUGGUCGGUAUCCAGCACCUAGAGGAGGGGAAGUGGAUGCUGGAACUGAGACAAACAUCAAUCUUAAUCAUCAGAUAUAUUACCAUGUUUUGGGAUCUGAUCAGUCAGAGGAUAUAUUGUGCUGGAAAGAUCCUGAACACCCAAAGUAUUCCUUUGGUGCCUCAGUCACUGAAGAUGGAAAGUACAUCAUAUUGGGCAUCUAUGAAGGUUGUGAUCCUGUCAACAAAUUAUACUAUUGUGAAAUUUCUUCUCUUCCUCGAGGAAUAGAGGGCUUCAGAGAGACAGAAGAUUUGCUUCCAUUUGUCAAGCUUAUUGACAAUUUUGAUGCUCAAUAUCAAGUUGUGGCCAAUGAUGGUGAUGAAUUUACAUUUUUGACCAAUAAAAGUGCCCCUAAGAAUAAGCUGGUAAGGGUAGAUAUCAAGAACCCAGAGCUGUGGACUGAUGUUCUUCCAGAGCAUGAAAAAGAUGUGCUCGAGUCAGCCGACGCCGUUAACAAUAACCAACUGUUGGUGUGUUAUAUGUCAGAUGUUAAGCAUAUUCUGCAGAUAAGAGACCUUAGAACUGGAAACUUUAUUCAUCAGUUGCCUCUGGAGAUUGGUGCUGUUUCAGAGAUCUCGUGCAGACGUGAAGACAAGGAAGUAUUUAUUGGCUUCACAAGCUUUCUUUCUCCAGGCAUUAUUUUCAGGUGUAACUUAGCACCUACAAUCCCUGAAAUGAAGAUGUUUCGAGAAAUUUCAGUUCCUGGAUUUGAUCGCACAAGUUUUGAAGUUAAGCAGGUUUUUGUCCCUAGCAAGGAUGGAACCAAAAUUCCCAUGUUCAUAAUGUCAAAGAAAGAUAUCGAUCUUAAUGGAUCGCAUCCAACUUUGCUAUAUGGUUAUGGAGGAUUCAACAUAAGCUUAACAGCUUCAUUCAGUGUUAGUCGUGUUGUGCUAUGCAAGAACAUGGGUUUCAUUGUCUGUGUAGCAAACAUUCGGGGUGGUGGAGAGUACGGGGAGGAGUGGCACAAAGCUGGAGCACUUGCAAUGAAACAAAAUUGUUUUGAUGACUUUGCUGCCUGUGCGGAAUUCCUCGUUUCUAGUGGUUACACCAGUUCCAGACGUUUAUGUAUUGAAGGCGGAAGCAAUGGUGGUCUUCUGGUUGCUGCUUCCAUUAAUCAGAGGCCUGAUCUCUUUGGGUGUGCUCUUGCUCAUGUUGGCGUCAUGGACAUGCUCCGUUUUCACAAGUUUACAAUUGGUCAUGCCUGGACUACAGACUAUGGUUGUUCAGAUAAGGAAGAAGAGUUCCAGUGGCUCAUUAAGUCACAUUAUUGA